UCUUGAGUCAACGCUCGUGGACAACGCAUCCGUGCCGAGAAUUGAACAGCUUGUAAUGCUAGCUGAAGCCUUGGGCUAUGCCUACUGCUUGGCCUAUGUCUUGACCUUGAUCAGUUGGCCCAGUCAGGCGUAUCCUGUCAAUAGCUAUAGGGAUCUGGACAUUUGCAAUCACUGGAACGGCAGGCGACACUUUCUGGAGCUGGGCGAACGGGGAGAGCUGCAUGCCAGAAAUGUCAGCACCACAGCAUUUCGAAGCUCCCAGCUGAGUCUUAAGAAUGAUCUGUCUGCGCCAGAUGUGUGGUAUCAGUGCCAUCUGGAGCUGGUCACCUGCGCCGAGUGCGUCAUCCGUGUGACCUUCACCCAUGCCAACUUCUCUAAGAGCUGCAGCAAUACGGGUGGCAAGUCCAACAUGUGUCCUUGUGAGCAUAUACAGUUCUCGGAGCCACCUUAUGAUACCACCAUCUCGGGUCAGGAGUUCUGUGGCGAUGGCAAAGUCUUUCGCAGCAAGACAAGAACAUUACAGCUGAAAUUCUUCUACAGAGCUACCAAUGCCCAUGUCUUCUCCCUGCAGUACUUCUCCGAGCGCAACGUCAAGAUUGUGAGUGGUUCACCCAAGCAAUCCAUCGUAGGCAAUGGCAAUGCCAACUCCAUACCGCAGGUUAUAUCGACGCCCUAUUUUCCCAUGGCCUAUCCCAGGGAUUAUGGCAUUGAGCACAUUCUCACCUGCGAAUCGGACAAUUGCCAGGUACGUCUGGACUUUACCGACUUCCAACUGGGUCUGGCCUCCACUCUGGAGAUCUUUGACUCCAAUGGACAGAUGCUGGACUCCUAUACGGGUGAACAUUUCCGUCCUCCCAUCACCGUAAGUAGCGGCAAAUCGUUGCUCCUUCAAUUCCGGGGCAAUUCCGCGACAGGCGUUGGUUUCCGUGCUGAGGUGAGCUUUGUGUCCUCCAAGCAGUUAAAGGACGAGCGUCUGGUGCCAUAUACGGACUGCGGUGGCAUGGUAACUGGACCGGGUGGAGCCAUAACAAUGAUGAACAUGAUAGAGAAUGCCACAGAUGUGCGACUGUUCGACUGCAUCUGGAUUAUAAAGCCAGGCAAUAACUACAUGAUGAUGAAGACGCACAUCUCGUUGAGGGUAGAUGAGUUCUAUGGAAUGGCAGCGCGAUCGGAGCUAACGAUUAGACAGGGCACCACCUCGGAUGCCACAGAGAUAGAGACUGUGAUGUGGCCAAAUAAUGGGUUAAGUAAGGAGAGUCACAUUGCGCCCAUAUUGACGGGCUAUUAUAUACGACUGCGAGGGGUGUUUGGCAUGUCCUCCAAACUGGCCAUUGUCUACAGCGUCUUCAAUUACUUGAAUUGUUACAUUGGUUCGGAGUUUCUCUGCGGGAACAACCAUUGCAUCUCCAUUCGCUUGCACUGCGAUGGCUUCGAUCACUGCGGAGAUGGCAGUGAUGAGCCGGAAACCUGUGAAGAGGAUUGGGCGCAUCUGCAUCACGAUCGACGCUGGUAUUCCCACAAGCCCAAUUACUACUUUCCAAAGAUCGAUCAGUAUCCGGAUUUGAAGACGGCCACAGGGAUCUUCAUCAUCAGCACUUUGGGCAUCUUUGGUGUGCUCUCCGGCUGGAUGGUGAUCCUCUAUCGCAUGGGAGUUCGAGCACGCCAUCAACGCGAAUUGCAGAGUCAUUUGCAGACAAUUAGCGAGCUGUUAGAUCGCCAGGACGAGGAUCGCACGCCGGAUGAGCCGCCCAGCUAUGAGGCGCCACCCGACUACGAGGAGGUCAUCAAGGUGGGCAUGCAGCAGGAGCUGCGUGAGCCACGUCGCCAGCGUCGACGUCCCCGUGCCCGGGAACGUGGCUGCAGUCGUGCUCCAAGUAAUUGUACGAUGCAGUCGGUGGUGCCGCUGCAUCGGAGCUGCAGUCUGGAGGAUCGGGAACAGCCGAGCACGUCGGCAGCAGCCAUGACGCGUGCCGUGGCCUCCACAGACACUUCUCAGGAUGCCAACCAGGCAGAGCAGCAACAACAGUUAGCCCAACGCAUGUUGUUAGCAACUGCAAUCUGUGGCGCUGCAGGCACGUCUGGGUCGCCAGCAGCGGUCACAGGGACAGACGUCGGGGAAUCCCUGGGGAUUUCAGCGUGCCCGUCAUCGAUUCCCAUUGGGCGUGAAUUAUCCACAGCCGCUGGAGCGGCACAGGCGACGACACCCAUCAGCACGGCGGACGACUGCACCGACGCCUUCCGAGACAAUUCACUCAAUAUAUCACUCACUCUAGGGCUGCCCUCCACCUCAGCGGUCACCUCCAUGCUGUCACCAACGCCGUUGCAUAACCAAAGCCUGGCCAGCAAUUGCACCGAGCAUACGUAUUUGAAGCGCUCCUGGCUGUGGGUUCAACAGCCUGCCCAAGGACAACGCUGUCGUGUGCAGCGUCUGCGUCACACCUUCUCCUCCCCGGAAGCCUUCAAUGCCGACGAGCUGAAUCUUCCCUAUCCGGACUUCCUGAGCUACGGCACCAAUUUACCACAUGAGCGCAGCAGCAGCAACUUUGGCUCGGAGCUGUCCAGAGAUCCCUCCAGCUACAGCUUUGAGAAACGCGCGCGACUUGUGGCUGCCGAGCAGAGUGAUCUGGAGGAUGGCUCCGGUCAGACGCUGCAGUCGCAGAUGGAUCCUAACAGCGAUAGCGAUUCGGAGCAGCAGGUGUCCUGCUUUGGCGCCGUCACACAGCGUCCGAAGCGACGUCGCGUCCGGAGUCGAUCCUUUAGCAAUGCUCGAAGAGGAGGCAGUGGGGCAAGGAGACGCCUCAGACCGCGCAGCUCCUCAGCAGAUUUGCUCAUCUAUGCAACCAUGCAAAAGGAGGAGACGGUUGAGAAUGGCGAGGGGCAACGUUUGUUUUUCAUUUGAAGGAUAGUCCAGUUGGAACGAUAGUAUUACGCAUGGUGCAAUGCUGGCUAGGAUCUUAUCACAAUUCAUGUAAUCUAUAUACGUUAACCAAAACUAAAUAAAAGUAUACACAGUUUGUUGAGUUUCA